AUGAUCUCAAAGCUCUUGGCGCUCGGUGCUGUUCUUCUCGCCUCUGCCACCGCUGACGUCUUCGACUCGUCUUACUCCAAUGUCUCCAGCGCUGCUAUCGACGAAGACAGGAUCGAAACCGCCGUAUUAGUUGACACCGAGACGACAGAACCCGCCGAUGACGUUCUAUGGAAUGCUGCCUUAACCAAAGGCCGGAUGUUGAUACUAGCCACGAGCUUGAACCUUCCAGAGGCUGCCAAGGUCUAUCAACAGAUGGAAACUCCCUGGGAUGGAACCCUCGAACGCGAACUAGCACUUUGGGGCUACUCGGAACCUGACUACCCGGAAGUUGAAGACUCUGACGAAAACUGUGUCAUGGGGAAAGAAAACCACGGCCUUCAAGAUAUGCUCAAAGAGCUACACGCAGAUGAUAGAGAUUCACGCGAUGGAGGGGACAACAUCUGUCACACAAUCCAACAUCAAGACGGACCUACCUUGGAGAAAGAUAAGAACGGUGAAGUACCAGAAGAUCCUAGGGAUCAAUACUACAAAGUUGAAGGGCGCAGAUACAGGGUUACCGGCGCGGAUUCCACCAUUGGUAUAAAUCCAAAGGCUGGUAUUAUCUUCUUUCUGACCCUUGAGAGCCCCACCUACGCGGCGAGAACGCUAUGGAACGUACCCUCCGUCAAGCCGGACGAAAUGCCUAAACUCCAAAGAACCUCGGAUCUUACCUGGGGUCUCUGGAAUAGGCAUAGCAAAGAAAGCCUGUCCAACAUCAACUACUUCUUCACGGUGGCAGUUGUGAACCCGGAAACGCGCAAGAUCAUCAGUAGAGCCAUGGGACAGAAUGCUGUACCGAAGGCUCCAGGAUACACCUUUAGAGCUGACAAUGAGAACUUCAUUGCUCUGCUGGGAUCGCCGAACCUUGUAGCAGUAAUGUUCUUCCUCCUCCAACACAAGACUCGGUUUGGCCACAAUCGAUGGGUUACUGAGAUCCGUGUUUUCAUACCAAAUGGGGAUUUGAAUACGGUUUCGAUGCUUGUAAAGGUUGAGCGAGCGCCCCCGACAGAACCUCCCGAACCCGAUGAAGAUCCAGAUUGCGUGGAGGAAAGGUCGUUGACAAGUGCGACAGUCUCACCGCUGAAUAUCGAUAGUUGGAAGGGUGGCGAACGUGCAAAUUCGACCUUUGAGGAACUGCCGCCGAAACAAGAAUAUAUUGCCAACCUACGCUCAGUCGCACCCCCAGCGGACGAGCCGACGUGUGCUAUAUGUCGUGGCGAGUGGGAAUAUCCGGCCCAGGAAGUCGUCGAGCCAAGCCCUCACUGCUCUCGACAUCCUCUCCACAAAGAUUGUCUUCUCAUAACCUUUGCAACGGAAGACGGAGAGGAAGUCAGCAAUCUGUGUCCAUUUUGCCGUCGCGAACUCUUCGAGAAGAUCACACAGCCGCCUGUGGAGCCCCCGAAUAGCGCGAACGAUACCUACCAGCAAACCACCCAACUCUAUGACAACCUUGUGGCAUUUCAUUUCCAGAUUGAAUACAACGACGACAAAACCGAGGAUCCCCACCUCCUGUAUCCUUCUGGCCCGACUAUCGAGGAUGCCUUGCAGAAAGACGGUUUCUGGUCUGCUCUUCCCUGUUUCUUAGACGAAUGGUAUCACCGCAAUGCGUCUCAGAUUAUCGAGCAGACAAAAAGCUAUAGGGAACCACUAUCUAUCGUGGAUAUGGGUCGCGCUGUGGUUACUACGUUCUUUGGCACUGGUGAGCCACCGUCUCGCAGGAUUACACGUCUCACAGGCGAAGGUCGCGCAGCUAUUACUGCGCUCUUUGCGCACGAACCUGACAUCGAAGAGUUGUGUCUAGAGGCUACGGAGCUAUUGGAUCACCAACAAGGCGAGAUUGUAGUACAAUGUAUCCGCGCCGCCCUCAUGUACUACGACCAGUCUGUCUUCCCCCAACUCGUCGAGGAUUUGCAGCGCAAAGCUCGUCGGCUCAUUGCCUACUAUGUCCUUACUUCUCUAUUAACAGCACGCAGACGCCCCGAUGAGGACGUGUGGUAUCGAGGAACAAACAUCCCUCGCUGGCUCCAGCUGGUCCGUUUCCGUAAGAUGCUGCACCGAGGGAUCAACCAGUGGGCUUCGCCGACCUUCUUCGCCAGCCAACCCCCACUCGAGAUGAAUUUUCCUUACGGUCACCUUAUGGGUGUUACCGAGGGAUUCGGCGAGCAUGACUUGUUGGAAAUACAGUAUUUCCGGCCCACCGAUGUAGAGCCGUAUCAAACUCGUAUUCGACCUAUCGCUCGUGGUCAUAAGAUGAUCAUAAAGGAGGACACCUCGGUAUUUCGAUUAGAUCCCAAUCUCCCAAAUGGCACUAUCUUUCAAUUUCUGAAGGACGGAACCUUAACAGCUCGGGAACUCAGUCCUGCCUUCCUUCAUGACAUUUCCUGCAACCGUGAGGAAGGUUUCUUCGAUCUCGUUCAUGAGAAUGGGAGUAUGCUGAGGAUCAUACGUAGGUUCAUGCCGUAG